AGGACUUCUCAUAAUUUAAAAAUGAGUGAGCAGCAGCAGGAUAUAGCUCAAAAAAUUGCUGCAGCUAGGCAUUUAUCUGAAAGUUUAAAGGAUAAAAUACGUGCAAAGAAGGAGCAAACGGCGGAUAGCACAUUACGUGCAAUGGCCGCAGAUAUUGAACCACUUCCACGCGUUGUUAUGAAGCCAAGAAGAACUCUCAAAGGCCAUCUUGCAAAGAUAUACGCAAUGCAUUGGUCUGCAGAUAAAAGGCAUUUAGUUUCAGCUUCACAAGACGGUAAAUUAAUCAUUUGGGAUGCUUACACCACAAACAAAGUUCACGCUAUACCAUUACGCUCUUCCUGGGUUAUGACUUGUGCCUACGCCCCUUCAGGUAACUUUGUUGCAUGUGGUGGUUUAGAUAAUAUCUGUUCAAUUUAUAAUCUCAGAGGUAGAGAUGGAAAUGUGAAAGUUUCUCGAGAAUUACAAGCUCACACUGGUUACUUGAGUUGCUGUAGAUUCCUCAAUGAUAGACAGAUUCUUACAAGUUCAGGCGAUAUGUCCUGUAUGUUGUGGGACAUUGAAUCAGGCGUAAGAAUUCAAGAAUUCCAUGAUCAUACCGGUGAUGUUAUGUCUAUCUCUUUAGGACCUAAUCAAAAUACUUUCGUUAGUGGUGCUUGCGAUGCGACAGCCAAGCUUUGGGAUAUGCGAUCAGGAAAAGCUGUACAAACAUUCACAGGUCAUGAAAGUGAUAUAAAUGCUGUACAAUUUUUCCCUAAUGGUGAUUCAUUCGCUACCGGUUCAGAUGAUGCAACUUGUCGCCUAUUCGAUUUAAGAGCGGAUAGAGAAAUGAAUCAAUAUAGUCAUGAUAAUAUACUUUGUGGUGUUACAUCAGUGGCAUUCUCAAUUUCAGGUAGAAUCCUUUUCGCUGGUUAUGAUGAUUAUAACUGCAACGUAUGGGACACACUCAAAGGUGAACGCGUUGGUGUCUUAUCUGGACAUGAAAAUAGAGUUUCUUGUUUAGGUGUAUCUGGUGAUGGUAUGGCUUUAUGUACCGGUAGCUGGGACAGCCUUUUGAAGAUUUGGGCAUAGUGUUAAAUAUGCCCUUUACGCGUUAAAAUAUACCCCUAACUACAAAUCCUAAAUGAACUUAUUCGUAUGAUUCACUCAGUGGAUAUAUAUUAAUUAAUUACAGAAUUUACGCUCCAAAUUUCAACUAUCAUCCAAUACGAAAUUCCGGGUAUAUCAAUUUCAAUUAUAAUUGAAUAAGAUUUCCACUCAUUCAUUAUUUGAUCUCUCUUAAAUAUCUAUCUUUUUUAACAUAUCUUAAAAAAUGCAUU